CUCUCUCUCUCUCUCGCCCUCUCUCUGGCUAUCCCGGGCUCUUCAUCUUCCUUCUCUCGUUCGACGCUGCCAGCCAUGUCCCCCCUGCCCGCCGGGUUGAGCCGCAUGGCAGUCCUGUCGGCAUGGAACCACGCCCUCGCGACCGGGGCGCUCGUUCGCCACACGGCCGUGUCCUCCUGUACAACGGCCUCGGACGGGGUCACUCGUGUCAGCCGCAGCCCCGACGCCCUGGAGUUUGCCCUUCGACUGGUCCCCUCUCUGUCGAGGAAGAACGCCCCCCAGGCACCGGCAAAGCCCACGCCCGGCCAGUGCUCCGGCGGUAACUCCCUGGUUGAUGCGGUGCCCCCGGCCGUGAGCGCCAUCUGCCCGUCCACUCGGCCGCCUGGGCCGCGACCAAACCCCUUCCUCCCCCACGAUCCGUCUCUCUUUGUGGCCGAUCUGCCCACUGCCCCCGCGGAGAAUCCCCCCUCCCACAAGGUUCUGCUGAACAAGUUCCCCGUCGACAAAGGCCAUGUUCUGGUCGUGUCAUCCGACUUCGCCCCCCAGACGGGGCUCUGGGAUGCGGCCGACAGCCGCGCCUUCGUCAGCGCGCUUCAGACCCUGUCGGUGGCGCCCGCCUGCGACAUGGACAUCAAUGGGGCCCCGGUUGACAAUGGGUCUGUCGAUCCCGGGGCCGCCCGCCUCACCCUGGCCGAGCUGGCCGGCGAGUGGAUUCUCUUCUACAACCUCGGAGCCAACAGCGGAGCAUCACAGGCCCACCGCCACGCGCAGCUCCUCCCCUGCUGGGCUCUCGGCGGGUAUGACCGGCCCCAGGAGACCCCGCCAGCCGGCUUUGAAUGGGAGUCAUCAGCGGUGCCGAUCAGCCGCGUGCUCGAGCGCUGGACAUCACAGCAGGCAACCCCUCCCCGGACGAAUCACCUUUUCCAGCUGCCCGAGAACCGGCUGCCCUUCCUGCAUCUGGCGGCGCUGCUGGACCCGGAGGAUUUCGCGACCAGCUCCGACGGCCGGGCCUUCACCCCGAAUGCGGUCCCCGGAGAGUGGACCCCCCGCGCGGCGAGCACCGUUCAUCACCUUUACCUACAGGCUUUGGAGCGCCUGGCCUCGGCCACCGACACGAAGCUCCCCCCGGCCGGGCCGGUGCCGGCUGACUGUGCCCACACCCUGGACAGCCCGGGGGUCCUGUCGGCCAACAUUCUCCUGACCCGGCGCUGGCUGCUGGUCGUCCCGCGCCAGCACCCGGCCGUGACGCUGUCCUUCACCGAGAACCGCGACGCGGUGAUCGCAUCGACGGAUCUGCCCCCGGAGAAUGACAGCCCGCAGGGUUCCCCGACGCUGACCUUCAGCAUGAAUGCCCUGGGCUUCGCCGGGGCCGUGCUCGUGCGCGACACCCAGGAGCUGGCCCUGACGCUGGACGCCGCGGCCCUUACCCAUGGGGCCAUCGACCUCGCCACCCUCCCUCUGGCUGGGUAUCCCUGGCAGCCUCUUGGCUCCGGGGAGCCGGCCGCCCAGGGGGGCUUAAUCGAUGUUGUGACCGGGCUGGUAUGAGCUCUUCCCGUCUCGCCGCCCGGGCUCCCGCCAGGCCGCCCCCCCCCCCCCCUCCCUGCCUCUCUCCCUUCGCCUCUGCGCAUUUGCACCCCCUUCUCGUACAUCGCAAUAUACACCGCGGCAGCGGGGGGGGAGGAAAAAAAAAGGAAGAGAACGUCGUGAGAAAGACGGGGGAGCCCAAAGGCAAAGUCGAGAAGGAGAAAAGACGCGGGUACAGCGCCCUAGUCGUUGUAUUCGGCCGCCGGAUGGUCGGAUACCACGCGCAGCUCGCUCGUAUCCCAGAGGGGAUUGCCGUCAGCAUCGAAGAGCAGGGCAUUGAAGCACCCUUGGCAGAGGUGUGUGAACUCGAAGGGCGAGGGGAAGCUGGUCCCGGCGGCUGGGGCAUCGGCCGGGGCCGAGCUCCCCGACAAAGCCGGCGACUGGGGAAGGGCCAUCGCCGAGGCUGCCUGCUCGGAAAUCUGGACCAUAUGGCUAGACUGGCGAUCUUGGCAAACGUCGCAAUAGACAUCGAAGGGCCGGGCAAAUUGCCGAGCCGCCGGCAGAUGGUCCAGAGUUGGCUGCAUGCCCGGCUUGGGCACCUUGUAAUCAUACGGCGUGGGCGUUCUUCACGACCCCCACCAGGCCCGGACAAGGGGACGAGGAGGAGGGACAGGGCCGGCGGGGAAAGAGGAGGGAUCGGUAGACACACAAAUCCAAGGUCAGGGCAUCUGUUCGCAGGAGCGGG